UUGUGGGUAAGCGUCACGGAAUCAGGCGCAAGCAGGCAGCGCGAGCAACGCGACGCCUCCCUCGUGCCUUAGGCGCGUGCUCGGUGGUCAGCGUUCCCGUGUUCUCUUAAUUGGCUGCUGCGACACACGAUCAGGCAGCCCUACCUCAUUACUGCGGUCAAGCGGGCUACUUGGUUGCUGCAACUGCGAUACCUGCUACCGGCGCGCACUCAACGGGCACAGACACCAGAGCUUUAGCCCAGCGUUUGUGGAGUGAGUGGUUUCGCCAUGAGUUGCCGCCAGGGAUCGGACAGUGCAGCCACGCACGACCGCUUGAUGGACGAACUGGUGCAACGCCUGGUGUCCAUGUCCGAUGGCCGCAACUGUGGCGACGCCGCCCCCCUCACGCCGCCCCAAGCCCGCUGCGGGGCGGCUGGCGAGCCGAGCAGUGUGCCGCUGCCUCCGUCGGCCGUGUCCGUCAUCUCGUGCAGCUGCCACCAGCACGAGAACCUGCACGUGCAGAUCACCAUCAAGUGCCCUUGCUCCCGGCCCAGCUCUGCUGAGGCGACGACGCAGACGGACCCAUCACCGGUUGAGAGACCAAAGGUCAGGUGCACUAUCCAGCCAGGCGGAAGAGCUCCACAGAGAGUUCAGGAAAUCGGCGAACAGACCACGUGCCAUAAGUCAUCUAUCCAGCUGGGAGCUAUUGCCACCAAUGGCACGUCUUCAGUGCGCGGUACAGUAACGUCACACCAUGCAACAAGAUCAACCGCCGGUUGCUCUGCCGAAGAAAAGCUGGCCACAAGGGAACGCAUCCAAGACUGGAGCCGCGCGCCGCUCUUCCCACCCAAUGAAGAGUUCAGCGCUCGGCUCACCGCCAGCGAACGCCGGCGCAGCGUGCACGAGGCUCUGGCCCAGGUGCGCGAGACGCUGUUCGAGGUUCUGCGCGACUCGCCGCGCGCCGUGGCGGCGACAACGUCGACGUCCGGCAUCUUCGAGACCAUGUUCUCGACGCGGCCGGCGGCGUCGCCACCUCCGUCGCCGACCAGCGCGCUGCUAGCGCCCUCUUCGCUCCAGGUGCAAGGCACCACCGAUUCGGCCACAGCCUCAGAGGUCAUACCGGAGUCGAUGCAGGAGCAGACCACCCUGGAGUCGGCGCCGGAGAGCUUGAACCCGCGCGUGGACACGCGCCGGUACGUCGUCAGCGAAGAGCUGUGCGCCAUCUACGAGCACAUCGAGUCGCGCUGGGCCGACAUCUGCGACAGGCUAAGGGCAGAUCUCAACGGCAGAUACGACCAGUUCCUCGCCGACUGCCGCAGCUGCUUGGAGUGCGAGACGGGCGAGUGCGAGCGCGACCAGCUGCGCCACGAGAUGGCCGAUGCCCGGCGCGACCUCAUCGCCGAGAUGAAAGAUGUGUUCCGGUCCUCGUGUGACGAAUUCGACGAGUGGCGCAUGCGCUAUCUGGAGCGCGAGCUCCAGCUGUCGUGCUCGGCUCUACAAGAGGGCGACCGCUUCCGCGUGAUGGCCGCUGUCCUGCGCUACGAGAUCCUGGAAGGCCUGCCAGAGCUCGAGAAGCGCACGCGGGAGAGGGCGGCCGCGCUGUGGAAGGAGCUCGUCGAGGAGCAGUGGACAGACGUCGACGUACUCUUCGACGCCUAGCGCACCUAUAUAGCGUGACUUGAAAAAUGCAGUUUCUCUUUUACUGUC